AUGGCCUCCUUCCGUUGCUGCUUGACGGGGUGCGCCUGCAGGCUCCUCCCUGCUAUGCAGAAAGCAGCCUUGCAGACGCAGGCCUGGAGAAGCUCCCCCCUUCCGCGGUGCGUUGUUGCCGGUGGCUUGCUUCUGAGCGACAGCAGCAGAAGCAGUCUGUGGUCCCCUGUGCCAUCCCCUCAGCACUGGGUGUCUAUACGCGCCUUUGGAGGGCGUGCGGGGGGGUUAAAGCGACGCAAGAGGAAGGCGGACCCCGGUGUGCUGCAGCAGUCUGGACGGGGGCAUCGCAUGGAGUUCUUUUGGCCUCGCAAACAACGGCUGCUGCGGGUGCCUUUGCAGCAGAAUUCGCGCCCUUCUUUGAUCUACGACUUGCGCUUUCGGCGCUUUCUGUGUUGCUGGACGUCGAACGGGCAGCACGUGUUUAGGCCGUUUAACUGCCGCAGCAGGGGCAGCGGGAGAGACGGAGGUAGGGGGGUGCUGCAGGCUGGAGCCGCGUUUGGGCAUAGCUGUGCUGGGGGCUUCGAAGGAGCACGGGCUAAGUCUCUGGUGCUCUUGAGGCAGCUGCAGCGCCAGGGGAAGUUGACAGCAGAGCUGGCGAGCAGCAAGGCGUGCAAGCCGGAGAUCAACAGAAGCGGCGUUAGAGGCGUGUACUUUGAGCCAGAGGAACGGCUGUGGGUGGCUGUAUGGAAGGAAGCAGGCGUGCGCCGCUUUAGGGCUUUCUCUGCAGUGGACCUAGGCUUUGAUACGGCAUAUCAGGCAGCGGUAGCGGUGCGGAGACAGCAACUGGCGGCUAAUUAUGAGUUCUGCAUGCACAGGCAUCGCAAGCGCUCGGGCCGGCAACCUCUUAAAUGA